ACCUCAUAACAAAUCAGCAUUAAGAAUUCAAUGCAAUUUUAUUGUUAAUACAUUUAAUAGAAAUAUUUUAUUAGAUAUAGCUUUAUACUCUAUAAAUGUUAAAGAUAAAAUUAAAUAAGAACCGUUAUUCUAUUUUGACCAGGCACGGGAAAUUGGAAGAAUUGUACAACAUUCAUCAACAUUUGAUGUAGAAGAUUCAGAUCUUCAGAAAUACUUCCAUUUAUUACGGCAACUACUUUCUGACCCCGUAUAUCUAGCUACAGACACACAUGCGCAGAAAGCAAAACAGAAACUUAUGCAGUUAGAAAAUGACACUCUUGUUAUUGGUAAAGAUGAUAUAAGGAAAGUACCAGACGAUGUGCUCGACAAGAUGAAGGCUGGAUUAGAUGAGCAAUAUGACGGAAUUGAGCUAGAUAUGAUAAAAAGUAAACGAUUCAAACUGCUAUCGCCUGUGUCCAAAACUGCCGAAGGAGUGAGACAGAUACUAGAUUGUGCUGAUGCUUCUGUGAGAAGAAUAAAUGAAGAAAGGGACAAAGCAAUUUUUAGAAUUAAACCAAGCGAUAAAGAGCAAACAGACCUGGCUGAAUUAGGAGAGACGUUACAAAAGGAACUGAAGACAACAAGUAAAGCCGAGAAGGAAAAGCAUUAUAUUGAUUUUAAACAAAGUAAGUGACAUAACAAUAUUUGUUUUCCAUGUUAUAUAUCUAUUA